AUGUCGUUAGGACCUGUGGCACGGGGAGCCAUCUGCUUGCUAGCUGCGUCAAUCAUCGUCAUUAGCACGGUCAAUCUCUGUUGCGAUGGCAGCAGGUCCGCCGAUGAUCUCUCACUUGACGACUACGGCGAGGACGACAACGGUGACUCAUCCUCCUUCUCCUUCACCUUCCGGACGGAGACGAGUUCACCCGGUCUGGUCUUCGGGUUCUACGACGACAAGUGCCCGGACGCCGAGGAGAUCAUCUCGUCCACGGUGCGGAAGCUCUACCACGCGGACCCCAACGUCGCCGCCGCGCUCGUCCGUCUCUUCUUCCACGACUGCUUCAUCCACGGCUGCGACGCCUCGGUGCUGCUGGACCGCGUCGACGGCCGGAAAUCAGAGCGCGACGCCGGGCCGAACCAGUCGGUGCGAGGCAUGGGCGCCGUCGAGGCCAUCAAACAGAGAGUGGAGAAGGCGUGCCCGGGGACCGUCUCCUGCGCGGACAUCCUGGCCCUCGCCGCGCGGGACAGCCUCAGCUUCUACCACGACGUCGUGACCGGGAGCAUCCCGCCGCCGAACGCCACCUACGCCAUGACGCUCGCCGCGUUCGCGCGCCGCGGGCAGUUCACGGAGCGUGAGACCGUCGCGCUCUUAGGAGCCCACAGCAUCGGGAAGGUGCGGUGCAGGUUCUUCGCGGACAGGAUCUACGACUUCGCCGGCACCGGUGCGCCCGAAGACUCCAUCGACCCGGACAUGGUCGGCGAGAUGCGCGCGGUGUGCGACGGCGGCGGCGGCGGCGGCGAUGGCGAUGGCGACGACGGCGCGGCGCCGAUGGAGAUGGGGUACUACAGGCAGGGCCGAGAGGUGGGCUUCGGCGCGCACUACUACGCCAAGCUGCUGGAGGGCCGGGGCAUCCUGCGCGCCGACCAGCAGCUCACCGCGGGGAGCACCGUGCGGUGGGUGCGCGUGUACGCGUCCGAAGCGCGCGGCGAGGAGGUGUUCCGCGAGGACUUUGCGCAUGCCAUGGUUAAGCUGUCGGCGCUCGCGCCGCUCACGGGGUCGGCCGGGCAGGUACGGAUUAGCUGCUCCAAGCCCAUCCAAGACAACUGA